AUGGCGAUCCCCGUCUCCACCGCCGCCGCGGGCUCGACCCCGGACACCGCGGGCAAGAAAUCCGCGGCGCCCGUCGGCGGCGCCGCGGCGAUCUCCGCGACGCGCUUCGCGACGUUGAUGCGUCCGAUGCUCGAAAAGACGACGCCGCUGUUCGCGCUCCUCUCGCAGACGAUCGCGACGAUCGAGCCGUACGUCAUCGCGCUCGUCGCGUACUUCAACCACCUCGCGACGAUCCUGAAGCCGUACCACCCGGAGGAGUUCCUCCCCGCGAUGUGCGGCUUCGUCCUCGUAUUUUUCGGAGGGAACUUCUUCACGCUCUGCGCGGCCGUGGAGGCGUACCGUCUCAUCGGCUUCGACGACACGAAGAUCGCGCUGAAGAAGCUGAAGCACUCCUACGACGUCGCGAUGGCGGCGUCGAAGAAGGACGACGAAGUCGACGCGGACGGCGACGGCGUCGCGGACGUGAAGCAGAUCGACGCGAGGGCGCUCGCGGUUCGAAAAGCCGCCGUCGUCGCGAAAGCCGUGGACCCGGACCUCGUGACCGACGCGCUCGUCGCCAUCAACGGCGGGCUGAUGGCCGUCGUCGCGACGCUGCGCGUGCGCUUCGCCGCGUGCGUCACGAUCGGCUCCACGGUGGGCGAGAUGGCGCACAACGCGGUGCAAACGCACGCGGAGCCGGCGCUCCUGGAGCUCACGCCGUCGGAGUACAAGAAGUGGGUCCCGUGCGGGCUCCGGUACGGCUGCCAGCUGUGCGGCUUCGUCAUCGCGUGGUUCCUUCAGAUGUCCAUAAGCGCGUUCCACAGCGCGACGAGAGGCGCGCAGAUGUUCGCGAGAGGGUCGCUGACGUACGCCACGAGGCGGGGGUAUCUGAACCCGACGGCGAUCGACGAGAAGGGGCGGGUGUUCAACGCGUGCGUCUUCGCGCUCGCGUUCGUCGGGUUUUGGUCGCAGUUUUGGUCCGGGUACUCGCUGCCGUUCCCGCUGAACAUUCUGUUGCUGCCCGUGACGUUCGCGGAGUACGCGAUGCGGUUCGUCGUGUUCAUGCUCGGGUGA